AUGAUCAUAAUUUUGUUGUCAGCGUUGAUAGUUUUUGUUGGACCGGUUCGUGGAUUCACGUGUUACGAUUGUAGGGACAAUGAUGGCUGCACCAACACUAUCGAAUGUCUAAAUAAUUUCUGUUCAAUUUAUUUUGAAGAGACAAUUUUUGUAUCUAGUUGCACUGGUAAUCACUAUUCUAAUGAUUGUACUAUGCUGGAGAUUGCUCAAGAAUGCUCAUGUGAUACUCCAAGAUGCAACACGAUCACACCAAGACCAUCAACAAUUACGACAACGACUGCCAUCACGAGCAGCACAACAACCACUUCAGCAGGAGUGACAGUUGCACAAACGUCAUUUACAACAACAACCAUGACAACAUUAACAACGACACCAACAACAGCCAUUUCAUCAAAAGCAUCAGCUGAAUCUCUGUCUACUGCAUACAUCAUUCUUCUGGUUGCCGUCAACGCUAUCAUUCUCGGAAGUUGCGGUUUGAUUGCUUGUUGUGUCUACAAAAACAGAGAGAGACUUGUUCAACUUGAUUCGGACUUUGAAGACGAUAAAGAAAAUUAA